UCCUGAUCCUUGUUGCCUUUCUGCAGCUGUGACUGGCUGGUCUCCUUCCCAGCUUUUCCAGGGAUGGUUCCAGCAUUGCAUCAGGGGAUAUUUUGUGCUGUAAUUCAGUAACGCAGCCAGGAUAAGCGAUCGCAGAACCGCGGCUUGAGAGAGGAUGGGUGUGGCAAGAGCUGCGUGGAUGCGGCUGCAGCAGCAAGCAGAGGGAGCUGCGCCUGGCCUGGACGGACGGUAACUGCUCAGUCAUCGGCACAAGCGAUCGCAAAGGCAAGCUAUUUAUAUAAGUCAGACCUCGCUUCCAACCGGGUCCCCCGAUUUAGAAGGAACAGUUGUCAUAUUUUAAGUAUUAAAUGAGUGUGGUAUGAAUACGACGUUGCCUGGGGCUCUUCCUGGAGUUGCUUCAGAUUUCACCACUGAGAUAUAAGCCGUUUGAGAGAUCCAGGACAUACUAAGGGAUUAUCUGCUUAAGCUUUCAGGCCCGGAGAGGUGCUGAGCCAUGGCUGACUUUGACCACAACCUCAGCCUCGCGGACGCCCUGACGGAGCCCCCUCCACAGAUCGAGGAGGAAGUGAAACGUGAUUUCAUGGCCACUCUGGAGGCAGAGAAGUUUGACGAUGUGAUCGGAGAGAAAGUGGACAAGACGGACUACGUCCCUCUUUUAGACGAUGACGACCCCAAGGCCCCUGGGAGCCAGGAGGCGAAAGCCAAGCCCCACGCGGACAACGCCUCAGCAGAUCGCAAGUCGGCAUCUGGACCAGCCGCGGUGGUGGAGAAUGGGGACCAUGGAGUCGAUGGCACCCGGAAGGUGUCCAUAGGAAAGAUCAUGGAUGAAAAGAUGUCCUGCCAGGAGUUUCUGGACCGCAAUGACUCGUGGACGAUGGAUGACAGAGGCCACUGCUUUGAGUCACAGCCAGCCUUUAAGCCCAUGGAUGUGACAGAGCCUUUCAAGAUGAACCGGGAGGACGUCCUCUCUGACCUGCUGCUGCUUCCCCAGGAAAUGAUGAACGUACCGCCCUUCGGGGGGUAUUUUGGAGCUUCCAGCGAAGAAAGCCCUGCGCCUUUCGGAGUUUCGGGAGUCCCUGAGCAGCCCCACCUCCUGGGAGCCCCACUCUCUCCUGCCCACGGUUUUGACCCACUGUCCUUCAUGGGCGGAGACAUGGGGGCAGAGACGCGGCUAAACCAGAACCGAGCAGCACCUGCACAAGAAGUGGGACCUCCUGAAGAUUUCUGGAUGGGGGCUCAGCACUUCAUGGGAGGGCAGGGAGCACCUUUCUUUGAGCCUCCAGUGCCCAGCCAGAUCCCUGACAUGUCAGCGAUGCAUGGGCUGGGAAGCCCCUCUGCGGGAUUGGCCGACUUCAUGGGGCAGCCUAAACUGCCUGAAAUGAAGCAGUCUCCGUUCGCAGCACCUCCUUCUCCGGCUGGUGCAGGUCCUGCUCCUUCGGUGGAAGAGCUGGUGGGGUUCGAACCAUCGUUUGGCCACAAAUCCCCUCUGCCUAAAGGGUCUCCAGCAGGUUCUCCUGAAGCAGCUGGAACUAAGGAACCCAAAGCAAAGGCCACGGACGCCACGUCCCCAGGUGCAGGCAGUUCCCCUGGACUGGGAAACCCCGGAGGGAGCAAUCCUUUCCCAGGCCAGAACAAGGAGAAGGAAGAAGGCUGCCUGUCUCCCAGCAAGGAGGACGCAGGCAAGCCUUCCUCCAGCCAGAAGUCGGAAGAGAGUAAAGCGCCCCUCGGCCUUGCAAUGGAGGAAAAGCCAGCUCCGGCCCAACCUCUCGGCCAGAAGGAAGAAGACAGUAAGCCCUCCCUCGCCCUCUUUGCAAAAGAAAUGGAGAGCAAACUGCCCAGCCCCAAAGCAGAAGAAGCCAAACAUACAGAAAAGGCCAGUGAGGCCAAGGGCACUCCCGCAGAUAAGACUUCUCCUGCCCAGAAAGUUGAAGAACUGAAGGUUUCUCCUCCCAAACAGGCAGAGAAAGCAGAAGAGGACAAGGCCGCCACUGCCCCCAAACACACAGAGAAAGUGGAGGAAAGCAAAUCUCCUUCUCAUCCAAAACAUCCAGAGAAACCAGAGGAGAGCAAGUCUCCUUCUACGCCCAAACAGGCAGAGAAGCCAGAGGAAAGCAAGUCUCCUUCUGCGGCCAAACAGGCAGAGAAGCCAGAGGAAAGCAAGUCUCCUUCUGCGGCCAAACAGGCAGAGAAGCCAGAGGAAAGCAAGUCUCCUUCUGCGGCCAAACAGGCAGAGAAGCCAGAGGAAAGCAAGUCUCCUUCUGCGGCCAAACAGGCAGAGAAGCCAGAGGAGAGCAAAGCUUUGCCUAGAGCGGAGGCUAAGACCCCUUCCUCCCCGAGCCCACAAGUGGAGCAGUUCCUAGGGCUGGAGAAAUCUGAGGAGAAGAGCAGGACGGCUCCCGCUGUGUCUCCCGAGAAGCCAGAGGAGCCGAAGCAGCUGUCGCCGACGCCGCCGCCAGCCAAACCUGUGGAGCAUCCUCCAGAACCUGCAGCAUUGAAAGAAGCCGUGCCCCCAGGAGAGUCCAAGGCAGAGGCCAAAAAGGCUGCUCCAGAGAAGCCGGCACCUAUUGUCUUGGAAGCAGCCAAGGCCAAGGAAGCGCCUGCGCCUUGCCCGGAGAAGCCUGCAGAGGCGGCUACAGAGAAGGCGGCUACAGAGAAGGCCCCCCCAGAACCUGCAGGUGCUCCUCCGGCCCAAGUAAGACAAGCUAACAAGCCCAGUGACCACCACAGGUUCGGCAGAACAAAAUCUCCUCGAGUGACAGUGGCAGACGCCCUGGAGGAGCCCCUUGUAGGUUUCCCGGCUCAGAAGAAUCACGACCGAGGAGGAGACCCCUUUCCCAUGGCGGAAUAUGGCCCUGUUGCUGGGACGUCCCCUCGGAGCAGGGCUUCCCCAAGGAAGGCAGCUAGCCAGCCCUUGGAGUUCGGGGAGGCCCCAAGGGACGUUUUGCGAGAGGGCUGGGACCUGGAAGCGUCGGCAGCCUUGAAGAAGAAGAAGAAGAAACCCAAACAGAAAAGGAGCCAGCAGCCAAGGAUGGCAGAGACCUUGGAGGGCAAUGCUGAAAAGUUGCGUGCUCCGUGUACCUCUGAACCCCACAAACCUGAGCCCCCCGAGAGCACAAAGGCUUGCUUUGGUCCUUCUGCAGAAAUGCUUGGGAAGGAGGCUUCUUCAGAGCAGAGAGGAGACACUCCGAGCCUUCACCCGGUUACUGCCAAAGGAGAACCUCCCCUGCAGAUGGAAGGCCCUUCCAGACUUGGGAUGGAUGCAAAAGCAGGAGGAUUCGGCAGCGUGGAAGUGAUGAGUGAUGACAGAUUAAUGUUUCCGUCUAAAAGCAAACAGAAGGCAUCGUCUGAGGAGGAGGAGCGGAAACACCAGGCUCAGCAGAAUAAGCAAGGAAGCUCUGCCAGUUUUGUGGGAAUAACUCCCUUUGGGAAAAGCACGGAGUCAGGAGGACCCUCUCUCAAGGACCUGCACCCUGAUUUGCAGACCAGCACUGAGGUAGGCAAGAAUGAUGAGGACAAGCCUUCGGUCACAGUUCAGAAUGUUGCUCCGGCUCCUUGGGGAGAAGGCUUGUCCAAGCAGCCAAAGGAGGAGGAGGAAAAGUGUGAAGUGUCCGGCAAAGAAGUUACUAUCUUUCCUGCUGAAGCCCAAGCUGCCGAAACGAACAAGGGAGGAGGCUCCCCAGAGAAACCCAAGCCAAGAAGCCCUGUUGCCUGGGAGUCUCCGCCAACAUUGGGCUCCUCGGGGGCGCUUUCGUCCCCAAAGACAAAGGAGAGCAGUGCAGCCAAAAGUGAAACACUUGAUGCUGGUUCUGCAGAAUCACUCCCCUUCUCGGAAACAAAGUCCGACUCAGCCAAGCCCCUUCCUCCUGUUGAGCCCAUUGAGGGUCUGAAGGUCCCUUUCACCGACACAAACAAGGGAGCCUGCCCCAGCCCUUUGGAACAGCCAGCUGGGCUCCUGUCCAGGACCGGGAGCGACCAGCCCAAAAAGAGGGGCAGCGACGGGAAAAGUAAGAGGGUGAAGAACCACUCGGAGCAGCGAGCGUUCCUUUUGGAGGGCAAGAACAAUUCCAGCAAGGCCCCAGGUGCCCAGGAAGCCGAGUUUGUAGCCAAAAGCAUAGAGGUGGGCUUCUCCAGCGCAGUGGAGAACAGAACCCCUCUUAGCUCUGGAGGACAGGCAGAGAAGCCCAAGAAAAGGAACAGCGAAGGAAAGAGCAGAAGAUCUGCGGAGAAAAGCUCCCUCGGGCCUUCCUUCUUCCUGGACGUGGGGAACGGCUCGGGGCAACUUCAGUUUGAAGGGAGCAGCCCUGAACAGGCCACAGGCCAUGGGAGAGCAGGGACUGGGCUCUUCACUGCCAGCCAGCCAUUGGAAACUGCCGGAGAUGCAGCUUGGCUGCAAAAUGUCACAACUGCGCCUGCAGAGGAAAAGGUGUCUAAGGCUCCGACCAGGCCGACCGAAGACUGGGUUGACUUCCCUCCCUCAGCAUAUCCCUUCAUCUCAGAAAUGCCAGGUAAAGAGACAUUUCUUGAGGCGAGUGCGCAGACCAAGGGCUCUGCCGUAUUGGAUACAGGCGAAAGGCUCCCCAUUUUAGAGAGCCCCCCCAUCCUGGAUCCUGCGUCCCUGUUUCCGAUGAGCAAACCCAAAAAGAGGGGCAGUGAUGGGAGAAGCAAGAAGUCUGGGAGAAGUCCUUUGGAGCAGCCAUUCCUCCUGGAGACAUUUGAUAUGAAUCAGCCCAUCAAGGGUGCUGAGAUAAGUAAAGAUAUGGGCUCUGCUGAUAAAGACCCGUUAUCUGGGGCAACCCCAUUAAUGGAACCGUCUUGGGGAAGUCAAGCACAGCUUCCUGCUACAAAACAGGUGGAAACAAGCAAGGGAAAGAAGAAUGAAACCUUGAGCAUGGCCACAGGAAGCAGUUCCUCUGAGCAGCCCCCUGUUUCUGAUAGGAAAACACUCAGUUUCAGGCCAGAGCUGAUGACUAAAGUCAAAGAGACACCUCUCACUGAAAAAGGGCAGGAAACCAAGCCUGGGUUUGAUGUGGAAAAUGUAAUAGAUACCCUGAAAUUGCACACUGAGCUUGUGCCGGAAGAGCCAAAGGAACAGAAUGUGGAAGGGCAAGGCCAUCAAAUUCAUAGCAUUUUGGAGGCAGAGCCAGAGCCAGUUAAACUAGCGAUUGUGGGUCAUAAGAUGGUUACAACUGAGAACACAAAGGCAAAAGAAUUUGAGCAUCUCUUGGAGCAUUUAAAAGCUUCUGUCCCAGCCAGUGCCGGAUCGCUUCUUGAUGAAGUUCCCGUAGGUGCAGGAGAGGGAAAAGGCAGAAAAGUUGAGUUAUGUUUGGAAGAACCCUUUCUUUUGGGGGCCCAGGAAGAAGCAGGUCGGGAUUUGGAAGUUGAAAGAGAGGCAAAGUCAAAAGAGCGCUCUUCCCCCAGAAGCAACAAGGAGGAAAGAGGCAGCGGCUCAGAGUUUGCAAACAAACAGGAUCCCAGCGCAAGGCCCAUCAAACGUGGCAAUGACCGGAAAGGCAAAAAGGCUGCAAGUGGCCCUGUGCGGUCUGUGACUCUUCAGGCAAAGGCAGAACCAAGCAAAGGGCCAGAGUAUCCCAUGGGGGAAACUGAGUUCAUGGAUGAGAACAGGAACAUCAAGAGCCUUCCUCCGGGGCAUCGGAUGCACUGGGAAGAGAAUACAGAACGCUUUUUUGGACCCUUUGCUCCAUCAGGCACUCUUGAGGAAAGUCAAGGACUGGGCUGCCCCUUCCUAGAGGGCAAGUUGGAUGGUGACCCAAGCAAGGGGCAGCUUUUUCUUCCUGAAAUGACAAAGGAUGCCAGCAAAAGUGAGCAGAAGGAUCAGCAGGAACUUCAAGAGAAUUUGGCAAAGCUGGAAGGCCCUGAGGCUUCUGUGGAGGCUUCCCUUUUGAUGAAAGCAGGUGAUGAAACCAGAGAGAAGAGGAAGAGAGGUAAGCGGCCCCCAUUGGAUAGACUCCUCACACCGGAUACUGGAGCAGGAAAGGACCUGUCCAUCUCCUCUGUUCCAUCGGAAAGCGGAGGGGAACAACUCCUGGAUGCAGUGCAAGACUCUGGACGUGGUCUGACCAAACUGCCAGUGGAGGUGGUGCCAAAGAUGGGUGCUGCUGCAACAGAAAGAGGCAGCUUUGUUGGAGGAGGAUCCAACUUCCCUCCAGUGGAGUUACCAUCCCUUUGGGAGAGCAAGAAAGAAGCGGCCACGCUUGAGGCCCUGACUGCUGCCCUCGUGGGUGGUAGUGCCGAGAUAUUAGCAGAAAGCAAGGAAGGAGCAGCAGAGCAGAAGUCCUUUGGACAUCUCAAUGGCUCAGGAAGUAAGGCUCAGGCUGAUAAGGCCCCAGAGGAUGUCCAUGCAGAGGAAGCGGGUCCUGCUAACAAACCCAGAGACCUUUCUGAGCAUCUGGAGCCUGAUGAUGCGAAGGAGCCAACGCUCAGCCCACUAGCCCAAGCAGCCAGCAAGGAGGAAGCCGGUCAUUUGCAGGAGGCGCUUGAGCCAAAAGAAGCACAGAGUCCUGAGUCUGACUCCGGAGAGGGCUGCGUCUUGAUCCAGCAGGCUCCGGCCGACCAGGGUGACCAAGUGGAAAAAGAGCCCAGAAAGGAGGCAAGAGCCAAAGGCCCUCCGCCAAUGAAAGGCUACAUGAGACCCACCAAGUCAAGAGGACUCCCUCCUCCGACACAGAGGGUCACGGUGAGCCAGCCGGGCAGGAGAAGGCCGGGCAAAGCUGACAGCACAUCCUCCCUGCACAGGCAAGAGAAAGCUAAACCAGAAGAGGUGAAGCUGGCCACAGAGGUUGCCACUGCAAAUGACGUGACCGCCCCGCCCAGCAAGGAGCUCCCUCCGAGCCCUGACAAGAAGGCCAAGACUCCAGUCUCCACUCCAGCAGCCAAGCCUGCUGCCGCGGCAAAAGCCAAGCCCCCCACCAACGCCACCCCUGGCACCAAGCGGCCGGCCUCUGCUACGCCCGGCCCAAACAAAAAGGCCACCAGCCCCACUGCAGGCCCAGCCGCAAGCCCUGCCGCUGCCACCCCUAAGCGCCCAGCAACCAGUGCGGCACGACCCUCCACCUUAACUCCGAAGGACUCCAAGCCAAAGGGGACAGACGUCAAAAGCCUGGAUAAACGGACCUCCCCUUCGAAGCCUCCAUCUGCCGCAACCCCUCGGCCGAAUGCAAAAAGCAGCCCAGCAGCCCCCAGGCCAUCAACGGCCCUCUCAGCUACCAAGACAGAUGCAAAGCCCUCUGAUGCCAAGAAGUCCACCACAAAACCACCCUCAGCCGACUUAAGCCGCCCGAAAAGCGCCCCGGCCUCUGCUGCUCCUUCCCUGGCUUCCGCUGGAGCUGCUGCUGCCACUGGCCGGCCCAAGGCCAAGCCAGCCGUGCCCAAGGCCUCCGGGAUGGCAAAUACUGCGACUGACGCCAAGAAGGCCUCCACACUCAAAGCUGCUGCACCAAAAACCAGCCCCGCUCCCAAACCCCCGCGGCCCCCAACCAGCAUCUCCGCCCCUGACCUGAAGAACGUCCGCUCCAAGAUUGGGUCAACGGAUAACAUCAAGUACCAGCCGGGCGGAGGAAAGGCCAAAGUAGAGAGAAAGGCAGACUCGGCCGAGGCUGCCCGAAAGCCUGAACUCAAUGCAGUCUCUAAACCGGCUCCCACUAAAACAGCUCUUUCAAAAGAGGGUGCCCCAAAGCAGCCCAAUGGGAAAGUCCAGAUAGUCUCCAAAAAAGCCAACUACAGCCACGUCCAAUCCAAGUGUGGGUCUAAGGACAAUAUUAAGCAUGUCCCUGGAGGUGGGAAUGUUCCAAUUGCCCCCAAGCCAGCCACGGGCCACCACUCCCAGCCGUCUACCGGCCCCAGGCCCAGCCAGGGCAGUACCAAUGUGCAGAUUCUAAACAAGAAGAUUGAUCUUUCUAAAGUGUCCUCAAAGUGUGGCUCAAAGGCAAAUAUCAAACAUAAACCAGGAGGUGGAGAUGUGAAGAUUGAAAAUCAGAAGUUGAACUUUAAGGAGAAGGCCCAGGCAAAAGUGGGCUCCCUGGACAACGUGGGGCACAUCCCAGCUGGGGGCACAGUGAAGAUUGAGUCCCACAAACUGACGUUCCGUGAGAAGGCCAAGGCCCGCACGGACCACGGAGUGGACAGCACCACCGUAGUCUUCAACAACAACCACCACCCCCCAGUCUUUUCCGGUGGCACCUCUCCUCGGCGUAGCACCUCUGUCAGCGAGAGCCUGGGCUCCGGCGCCUCCUCUUCUUUGCCACAGCCGCCACUGCCGCCACCUUGGCAGGCCCCCCUCUCAGAAGACGAGACCUCUGCCACUCUGUCUCAGCAAGGCUUGUGACUCUAUCCCUCGGCCCCCCACUUGACCCUGCCCCCUCCCCACGCGAAGCUUGUCUCCCAUAGACCGGAGCCCGGCUUUGGCCCCUGAAAAGUGGGCCGAGUGACCCUCCCCCCUCCCCCAGGCUCCCCAUGGCCUGCUGGACCUUUGAGGUGGCCCUCGGGCACGCUGUCUCCCGUUGGGCACAGAAAUGGCCUCCACAGCCUCGCGUAAUGUUUCUUUUGGUGGGCAGUGGGGGAUCAAAGUAUGAAAUUUGAAUGUUCCAGUUCCCCACUCUCUCCCUCCCUCCACAAAAGAAGGUUUUUCUGGUCUAACUGUGUAGGAGGUCUGGUCUGCCGUGCCCAUAGUAGAUCCUGGUGGAAGCGGAGUAGGGGGAGGUGGUGAGCUUUGCUAUAGUCCCUGCCUAGCCCCCAAUUCACUCACUGCUCCCCCAGUCCUGUUGAGUCUCCGCUGCAGCAUCUUCUGCUGCGUCCUCUCUAAUGCUGGUCUGUAUUAUUCUGAAACAUAACUUCAUGCUUUCUUGGAACUCUUUUAACUCCCUUAACCUUCUUCCCUUUUUCUUUCCCUUCUUUCAUAGUGAUUUUAAAAGACAAAAGUGUUGCUGAUUACUGUCGCUUCAUUGCAGGCUCAUGCUACCCCCACCCCCUGCCGCACCCCACCCCAUUUUCCCUUUGCCAUAGGAGAAUUAAAAGAACCAUUAACCACUGCUGCAGUGCUGCUGGCAUCUUAUCAACAUAUCCAGCCAUUUUAACUGUAUUCUUUUGGUUUUAAUUUUAUUUUUCCUUUUUUGUGUGGUGGUUAUUUUGUGUGUGUUUAAACAUUUGCUUUUGAAAUGAUGGAGCAAACGUACAGUAAGCAAUGUCAGUUUUAAAACAAAAAGUUCAAAGGUUGCGUAGUGGGGGGAGUGGUUUCUUUUUGGGGAGGGGUCACCUAGCUGCAGCCAGACAAAGCUGUUGGGUCAGAAGGGGAAUGUGAGGGGAAUGUGAGGGGAAGGGCUUUCGAAAGGCUCUGUUGUAGGAUGAUUUCCCAUGGAGGGGAAACGCCUCUUUCCCCAAACUCCACCCCAGACUUGCCAUUUGCUCCUGUAGGGGGUGGGUGGGGGAGAGGUAUGUAUUUUAAUCCAUGUAGUUGUGGAUUUGGCUCGGGCGUGUGGAUUUUGUAAGAAGCUGAACUGGGAUGUGAUGUUCUAGGGAGUAAGCUCAGUCAUGGCUGAGAAGCAGUUUGGUUUGUGGGAGUGGGGAAGGCAAGGUGGUCAGGAUCAGCACCCCCCCCCCCCACAAGACCAGGAGGGUUCUUGGAAAGUGCAUGAGGGUUGUGAAGAGGCAGAGUCUGUGAAGUUGCCUAGCUGGGCUUCUUGUAACAAGGAGAGAGGGCGCUUUCCCCAUGGAGGAUGGGACCCCGCCCCCUUGUUGCUUCUUGUCCUUAAGGAGAGGGGGCUUUGAAAGUGUGACCUACUUUGUUUCACAUUGCAAAAUAAAAUAAACUAUGACACUAAAAUGGAAAUGUAAAUAAAACUUUAAAAACCAUGCAUUGUGAGAGUCAUUAAGAAUUCUCAUUUAAAAACUGGGAGCCCAAAGGGCAAGGAAUCAAGGGCAGGGCGAGAGCUCCAAAGCUGAGCUUCUGCUUUGGGCCAGAGAGAGGGGGGGCUCCACACUAACAUGUCCCUCCUGAGAAAAGGGGGAGGAAAAGCAACCGAACACACAAGGAUACCUCCAUCCCGCCCCCUUGAAAGCUCUCCUCUUGGGCAGGAUGCUCCCAGGUGGCACAUUAAACCCAUAGGUCUCCAUUCACACGUAAAGACAUAUAGCACACUCAUGUUUGGUUUAUAUAUAUAUAUAUAUAUAUAUAUAUAUAUAUAUAUAUAUAUAUAUAUAUAUAUAUAAUAUAUUAAAGGUUGCAUGAUUUCUAAUAAAAUGGCUUUUUAAACUGUAAGAGGUUUUUUUGCAUCAAAAUGGUCUACUAAAUCUCAUUAUCACAUUUUCGCCACCUUAGAAUAUUUCUAAUAUUCUAAUGUUUUAUUAGAUGAGGCCACUAGAUUUGGCACCUGGAAAGGGGCAGUUUUUUAUCUGUCUGCGUUUCUUCACCAUCCUCCCCUGCACCUCAGCCAUGUUACCCUUGAGCCUGCUCCCUUCUCAUGGCGCUGUGAACCUGUGGAGCCCAGCCCUGCUUGGAAGCAACAGGCUGCCCAGCCUCCUCCUGUCUCUUCCUUUGACUUCUCCGUCCUCCGAACCUUAGGCUGUUGUCCCUUGUUGUCACACCAUGUGCCAUCCAGCUUUCAAUGUCUCCAGCACCCGCCAUGCCUUCUCCUCUUCGUCCUGCCUGACCCUUUUUCUCCUUUCCAGGAGUCCAUCUGGCGACGUCUCCCAUCUUGUGAAACUCAAAGGAACUAUAAGGACAGCAAUAAGGUGGCAAUAGGUUUGGGGUACAGGAUCAAGGCAGGCAUUUGGCUGGCAAGGCAUUCCUCUGAGUGAACCUUGAUGGAAUACACAUGUCACUCUUGCACAAGGUCCAUGCAAGGGACUGUCCCUGUUGGCUCUGGCCAUGUUUAGAUGGCUCCGGGGACUGUGUUUUCUUGUGAGCAUGGCCCAAAGAGGGACCCGUGAGCAACAGCACUGCCAACCUCAGCUGGGAGAAGUCCACAUUGGCCAGUGGAAAUGCCAGAUCUGAACAGCACUGCCCAAGACCCAACAUCUUCCCAUCCCAGGCUCCCAUACGUCCCUCUCUCCAUGCAUGUUCCCAUCUCCUUGGUGUAUAUCACUGCCCUGAGACAGGAUGCUUUUUAUACUCUUGCCAAAUUUCAACUGCCAGCUUAGAUCUCCCAGUCCACUGACUUCACCCCUGAGACCAAGGGGGAAGUGUGUUUGGGGCGGGGGGGGGGGGGGGCUGGCAGAAUUCUUUGUUCAGGUGUCCCCUUUUAAACGGGGCAGAGGGAGGACAAGUCCCUCUCUGAAAGCAAUAAUGCAGGCCUGUACUCUGAAAAGAGGGGCCAUCUCAACUACAAAAGGGGAUAGGAAAACCCCUGAUUUCGUAUGGGUCAGAUGCAGCUAAGUCAAAAGAGGUUGAAGACUCCUUGCUUCUUUUUUCCAGAAGGGUUAUAAAUCAAGGACAGCUUGGAGCUCAGAUCACUGGUACAGAAUCCUGCUAUCCUGGGUACUCUGAUGAGGUUCUUUUUUCUCAUUCCUUAAAUUCAGGAGAAGAAUCUGGAGUCUUGAAUUCUCUUCUGUUUUUGCCACUGUGGGCUGCAGAUGGAUGGGUUCAUCUUCCAUUAGAGUCUCUCAAGGGUAGUCAAAUGUUUGCACUUUCUAAUGGCAAACAAACAAAAAGAUUGCUGUGUCUUGUGGAAGGAUUACAGAUUCCUUCUUUGCUCCUGAAUCAAAUUAACAUGGAGCUGCUGUUGCUGCUGCUGCUGCUAACAAGAGCCAUCCCUUUCGGGCAAUGGCACAUUUCCCCCACCCUUCUUUUUGCACCCAGUUCCAGCUGGACUAUCUCCUGUGUGCAUGCGCACACUUCUGUGCCAUGCACCCACUGAUAAUGUGCCGUGCCUGUGUUUUAGCUGUAGACCUCUUGAGUCAUUUUGGGGAGGUGGGGGGUUGUGGCCCCCAGCUAUGUGGUUUCAAAUGAGGAUUUUAAACAAUGUAGUUUUAGAUUUCAAGGUAGUUUGUAAUAACUUCAAUUCUGGAAAAGGGUUCAGGACUUAAGAGCGAUGAAAACAGAGUAGGUGGAGUGUGUUUGGGUGUGUGCAGUGAUGCUGUAGGAAGAUCAUGGGAUGUUUUGCUGCUGUUAUCAGGUCCAAUACACUAUUCCCGCCCCUCCAAACUGCAUGAAAGGGUACGCAGCACAGUGUUUGAAACCUGUUUUUGAUCUGUUCUUAUCUUUAGGUCUGCAGGACUUGAUGCUGUUGUAGCUACGUGAUCACUUCAAGUGGCAAAUUUGGGGUGUAAUAAGCGUGGGAGGCAGAUCUGGGCUAUGAGGGCACAAUCUAUUUUGAAGUUGCCCUGCAACAUAUCUCUGUGGAAAUAGUAGUGCAGGAGCAGGGAAACUGGCUUCAAAAGAAAACAUCCUGGUGGGACUGUCAACUCUUCAGCACCACCACCACCAUCCUGUGCAUAGAGGGGGAUGUUCUUUCAGGAAGAUUCCCUCACCCUCACCCCAUCCUUGAGGCAAAUUGCAUCACAAAAAGCAGUACUGCAUACCCCAGAAAGCCUCCCCUUGCAGCACCUGUGUUGUACAACUUACAGAUUCACUGUGUUGUGUCCAAAAUGAAAGAGUAAUCAGUUCUACUUUUGCAAAUGAAUGCACUAUUGGGCCUGGUGGGCCAAGGAGGCAGGAAUAGUAUUCCCAACUCCUUUUUUGGUAUCCAACGACUGCACAGAACACUUCUGAAGAAUUUAGUGGACCAUUUGCUUUGCAGAGAGUACAGACUGUUCUGUGUGCGGAUUACUGCUCUUUAGGAUGCCGAUAUAAAGGAAGGUCCUUGGGAAGUCUUUAGAAUCAAGCAACCAAGUGGUAACAUUGGUAAACUUGGAAAAAGUGGUGGUAGGUUUGGAACUGAACAAGUGAUCCCCUCCAGCUUCCAAAUGUUGGAGCCUUGAGGGGCCCUUUUAGCUAUGGAGUUCAAUUUACUCUACACAGCAAUAAAGUGGUAGCCGUAUACAGGUUUUCCAAAAAACGCAAGUUCCUCAGCAUGCCCUGGUCCAUGCUGGUCAUGUUCUGGGUCACUCAAGGCAGCCAGUUUUCUUGGGUUGUGAUCUAUGGUCCUCUCCAUUUACAGGAGCCCAGAAGAAGUUGGAAGUGACCAGUGGGUCGAAUCCAGGGGUUGGCUGAGGAGAGGGGCACCUGCAGCACCCUGAGAACUUCGCUUCUGAAGCUGGCCUUCCUAUGUUAACUGCUUGGCUGGGAUGUGCUGAGUGAGGAAAGGCCUGGGGCAAUGUGGGCAUCCAGCAAUGACCGUUGCCUUUUAGGUGACAUUGCAGGAGGUCAGCCAUCUGGUGGGGCAUGCUUGCUAGCUGUACUCUUUCCCUAACAGAAAUGGAGUGGGGCCAUGAGGCUUGGGUGCCAUGGCAUCACAUAUCAACAGGGUACACACAAUAAGGUGGCCGGUGCCCUGCCUGGCAAAUAAACGGCUGCAGGGGUUGGAAGCUGAGGGAGCCUUUGAUUGUUACACUCAUACCCAUACUCUCCUAGAAGGCAGGAACCCCAUUAUUCUUUCCCUGCCUUUCUCUCCAGAAUAAUUGGUUUUUCUGAUGGACAAGUGAGCAUAAAAGAGGGAUGUUUGGUUGUGUUUUUAAAACACUGCAGUCUAUGUCCCACCAGGUGGGUGUGCUCAGUUCUGCAAGCUUCCUUAGGUAGCCUUACCAGCUGUGUCUUAGCCCUUCCCUUUUUCUCAAGUCAGACUCUUUUUAUUUUAAUUUUAAAGGCAGCAUGUGCAUAGUAAUUCCUGUCCUUUGCAUGAUCCUGCAAAAAGAAUAAAUCUGCAAGCAUUUUGGUUCAAGUGGCAAACUUCUUAAGGGUAGAGGUGGACAUUGCCAAUGGUCUUGUGGCACUUGGCCCUCCAUGACUCUUUGCUGCUGCUGCUACUUUUCCCCUGAACAAAACUCCUUUUAAAACCAAAUUGCUUUCCUCGGCUCUCUCUCAGAAGGAAGAAACUUCAUUGGCAAAGCACUGGGUCUGCUGACAAAUUGUCGCCUUCACUUGUAAGAUGCCUGAUUUAAGUCUGAGUGUGAUUUUCUUGGCUUGACCCCAGACUACCCUGGUAGCAUUGUGUUGCUUUCAGAUGCCUUGGGGUUGUCUGGAUAAUAUUGAGACAGACUGUUUGAUCAAGAACUCCCCUGCCUUCCAUCAUGGCAGUGUGGCAGGUAGAGAGGAUUGGGAAGCCCUGCGCCCUUUGCAUUUGGGGCUGGCUUCAUGGGUUAGACCACCCAAGCAUCAUCUCCGUGUGCCAGUGUUGCCAGAGAAUCACCAAGGAGGAAGGGGGCAGCCAAAGACGAUUCUGAAGGCUCCCUUGUCAUAUUGUGAAAGCUGCCAUGAGGAUAAACAGACUCACUAUGAGGUGGAAAAGAUAUUCAAAAAUUGUCUUAAGAGUGGUUGAAAAAGUUUCUUCAGGAAACUAAUGAGAACAAGUCUGAUCCGAUGAGAAUCUUUGUCAUUAUCUGAUGGCUGCUCUUCCUCCCAAAGAAAAACUGGGAGGAAUUUUUCCUGCAGGAACUUGGGAGAAAAUAGCCCAUCCUCCUGCAUCUUCAGAGGGCAGGAAACAGUGUCAUCUUCCACAGCCAGAGGGUCUCUUGAGAGGCUUCCUGGCUCCUGUCUGUGUGAUGACUGCUAUGAAAAGGAGUGUUGGGUCAAGAGGGCAGUUUAACUGCAUGGGAUUCUGGGAAUUGUAGUCUGACACUUCUGGAGGAAAGUCACAAUCAAGAAUCCUGGAGCUUCUGGGCUUGAUAUUUUUGAGCAUUUAACUGGGCUGUCCAUCAGCACUUAUGUCACGAAGAGGUGAGGUGUCUUCUGUCCCAUGGGUACUGGUAAGGGCUCCUUUGAUUAUGAAAUUGGUAGCUGUGGAGUUCUCGACGACUGAGUGGUGCAGCAGAGGGAGCACCUGCUGAAGCAAUUUCUGCACCACAGUAUUGAAUUCUGUAAAUGUUUCCAUCCCAGCCAGGUGCUGGGGAUCCUGUUUUGGCAGUGAGGAGGGGAGGGUAUUUUUUCCUGGGGUGGGCCAUAUAUGCAUGGAGGAAUGGAGGUGCAGGAGAGGUGGGCAAGUGAACCUGUCCAGGUGGGAGCUCGGAGCCCUGGCGUAGCUGUUCUGCAGGGCUGGUUCUUCACGUGUUUGCUUCUGCCUUUGUGACCUUCCUCUCCUGCCCUUUGACUUGUAAUAGUUUGACUGUCUUCAUUAGCAGCGUUUCUGGAAUUGAUGUUGUGAUUCUUCUUACCUAUUGUAAAGGGUUCAAAUAAAGCUUCUAGAUGUUCAACCUUG